UUGAUUCCAUUACGCGAGUGCGCGCCGUUUCGAUAAGAACGUGUUAGCUGCAGCUAGCAGACGACAUUUCUUAAAACAAGAUAAGGUUAAGUCUCGAAAUCUUUACAUUUAGGAUAAAAGAACGAGCAAAAAAUCAUUGGAUUAACCAUAAAAUGGCUGGAUUAGUGACGCAAUUGGGCAGGUGUAGUGUUCGAACAAUUGUCGGCACACACAAUAGAGAAAUUCGUAGAGUUAUUUCACCAAAAUCUUUGACUUCGCUUGUGCGACAUGCAUGUACAACACACACUCUUCGAAAAUCUGAAAGGCGAUACACCAGCAAACACGAAUGGGUAGAGGUACAUGGCAAAGUCGGUGUCGUUGGAAUUUCCAAUUAUGCUCAGGAUGCUCUUGGCGAUGUAGUUUAUGCUCAACUCCCUGAUGUUGGUUCCACAAUUAAAAAAGAAGACGAGUGCGGAGCACUAGAGUCUGUAAAAGCAGCCUCAGAAAUUAUAAGCCCAGUCACUGGAAAAGUCCUUGAGAAAAACGAAGCUGUAGAAAAUAAACCUGGCUUAAUAAACUCCUCGUGUUAUGAAGACGGUUGGCUUUUUAAAGUUGAACUCGAAAAUCCUGAAGAAAUCCAAACUCUAAUGGACGAAAACGCAUACACGGAAUUUCUCAAAUCUGAUCCACAUUAGCUAAGUUCCAAUUCUGAAUGCGAAAAAUACAAAAGAAUCACUUAAUUGUAUAUAUGAUGGCAUCAAUUUCUUAUGAAAAUUAUGUACAAUGUUUAGAUAUCUUAGGGUUUUUGUAAUAAAAAAGUAUCCAAUAAAUUAUUAAAAUAAUGUUCUCAAA